AUGACAUCGACGAACGGCACAAAUGGCGACGCGGGCAAGAUGCCCGUCAAGACCCGCGAGGUCUCGAACGCCCACCAGGACUCGACGGUGUGGAACGACGUCAAGCUGAGGCCCGACGACAUUAUCAUCUCGACGUACGCCAAGUCGGGCACGACGUGGACGCAGCAGAUUGUGUCCCAGCUGCUGCACCAGGGCGACCCGACCGUCGCAGCGGGCGCCCUGUCUCCCUGGGUCGAGCUUCGCAUCGUGCCCCGGCCUGUCAUGCUGGGCAUGCUCGAGGCGCAGACGCACCGACGCUUCCUGAAGACGCAUCUGCCGCUGGACGCCAUGGUCUGGGACCCCAAGGUCAAAUACAUCUUCAUCGCCCGCGACGGGCGCGACAUGAUCUGGAGCCUACACCACCACUUCCGCAGCGCGACGCCCGCCUUUUACGCCUUCUUUGAGAACGAGGUGCACGAUGGCCCUACCAUGCAGCGGCCCAGCGAGAACCCGCGCGACCUGUUCGUCCAGCUGGUCGAGGACGACACCCGCAUCUCGAUUAGCUGGCCCUUUUGGAGCCACAUCCGCAGCUGGUGGGAGGCACGCCACCAGCCCAACCUGCUCCUCGUCCACUUCAACGACCUCAAGGCUGACCUGGAGGGCAACAUGCGCCGCAUCGCCAAGUUCCUCGAGAUUCCGGACAUGCCCGAGGACAAGUUCCAGGCGGCCGUCGAGCACUCCUCCUUUGCAUGGAUGAAGGAGCACGCCGAGAUGUCGGCGCCGCCCCAGGCCGAGGUGGCCUGGGAGAAUGGCGCCCAGGACUUUAUCAACAAGGGCACCAACUCGCGCUGGAAGGACGUUCUCUCGCAGGAGGACAACAAGCGGUACCUGGACAAGGCGCGCGAAGAGCUCGGCGAGGAGUGUGCCAACUGGCUGCAGAAUGGCGGCACCAAUUACUAUUAG